UCUAUUUUUAAGAGAUAAAUUGCAUAUUUUGUUGAUUUCAUUUCCAUACAUUUUUUUUAGAGCAUAGAUGCAUACCCUUUUAUAUACUCAGAAGUGCUUAGCUUGAAUUUGUGGUUGUGUCUUGUUCUCGUCGGAGACAAUGGAAGACGCCGGAAGUUAUCCGAACCCCGACAACCUAUCGCGCAAGAUCGUUGACGUCGCUGCUGGUGAAUCACACACUCUCCUUCUUACUGGAGAUGGCAAUGUGUACACUUGGGGUAAAGGAAUGUUUGGAAGGCUUGGUCUUGGUUCUCAAAAAGAUGAACUUUCGCCAAUAAAGCUCAAAUUUCAAAACCCUAAUGGAACACUUGGGGUAGACUCUGUCAAAAUAGUGGGAAUUGCUGCUGGUGCUUAUCAUAGUCUUGCUCUUGCAGAAGAUGGAUCUGUUUGGUGCUGGGGUUACAAUAGCUAUGGUCAACUUGGCAUAAGUGGAGAGGAUGCGUAUGAUUCCCUAGUUCCUUGCUUAAUUAGCACGUUUCUUGAGCUGCAACCGCCCGAUUCUUCAACAGGUCUAUUUGAAACAGAAGCCAAACCAUCACUAAAGAUGUGUAGUGUCAAAGCAGGAGGAAUGAUGUCUCUGGGUAUUGAUAAUCAUGGCACCCUGUGGAUGUGGGGUAACAUCCCACAAGAAAGCAAAGAAGGCGGGUUAUCUAUUGUAAGCAGUUUCAUUCCAACACCAGUCUGGGAUUUUCAUGGUCGAGCUGUUGUCAAGGUUGCAUGUGGAAACGAGCAUAUUGUUGCUCUGGUUAAUGCUACAAAAUCUCAUGAGGAUGAAGAUCUAAUGUGCUACUCUUGGGGUAAUAACAGUCAUGGCCAGUUAGGCUUGGGGGAUAGGCAGAGCAGGCUGCAUCCAGAAGUUGUAAAAAUAUUUGACGAGGAGACUCCUUGGACAACUUAUGAGGUAGCAUGUGGCGCCUUUCACACUGCUUUGCUCGCUCGCAAAAAGAAAACUGGUGACACAUUAGAAAGCAUGUGCUGGACCUUUGGUCUUAGUGAAAAUGGCCAACUCGGGCAUGGAACAACGCAGAGCGCUUUAUUUCCUACGCCCAUUAAAGAAUUGCCACAAAAUGCAUAUCUUAUUUCUGUUGACUGUGGCUUAUUUCAUACAAGUGUUGUUUCCUCAACUGGUGAUGUUUGGUCAUGGGGAAUGGAGAAAGGUCUUGGCUUAUGUCCUGAUGCUAAUCGUUCUGAAACAGGUUCUGGUGGUGACGCCCUCUCUCCCUUUCCCAUCUCAUGCAAGCCAAAUCAACCUAUUUUUCCGGGUCCUGUGAAAGUCGUGUGUGGGGCAGCACAUACUGUUGUUGUUGCACAGAAGGGACAUGAGGCGUGGUCUUGGGGUAGGGGAAGGAGUGGAGUUCUUGGGAAUGGUAAGGAAAUGGAUAGUUACACUCCCACCAUUGUUCUGUGGCCUCCAGCGACAGAGGAUCUCAAGGAAGAAGAAUUGAAGAGCUCUGAUGAGCAAGAUAAGGUGGCAGAAAAGAAAACCGAAGUAAUAACAGAGACAGAUGAGAAAUUAACCUCGGCGUUGACUGAGCUGAAGCUGCUUCAGUCAAAGCUAUCUAUAAUGGAAAAGUAUGCCAGUAUACUUCAUGGUUCUAUUUUUGGAAAACCUUUUGAUGAGCAAGAUAUCCCUGUUUCAAUGCGGAAUUCGGGUUCAUUGGAUAUUGCAAAAGAAUGGGACAACAUGUUAGAGGCAGCAGAUAAUAGGAAGCUAGUUAGGAUGGAAAUGUUUUAUCGCGACAUGCUAGCUGGUGUCAAAGACAAAUUAAUGAAGAGAAAGAUCAAGGAAAUUAUAAAGGAGUGUCUUCAAUCCUCAGAAGUGAAUAAUAAUUAGUAUCCAUAGAAACAAAAUACAUCAGAUUUCACAUACACAGCAGUGAAGUUGUUUGAUUGUUCCAUUUUGUGUUAGAUGGUGUGUGUUCCCCUUUGCCCUUUCACUUGAUCAUUCUUUUUGGCUCUAAAAUUUAAUACCUAGUUUAUAAUACCUUAGAUGUUAUAGGAACACUCGUUUAUUCUUCGUUUUGUCUUGUUUACUUUGUUGGUUGAUAAGAGUGUUUUUCCCUUUUCUAGA